GCUAGGCGACAGCAACACGAUAGCGGCUCGCCGGCGCAGCUGCCGAGAGCGUCGUAUUCGUUGACGCAACAUCGAUCGCGCACCUACCACCACAGGCCAUAACCUCUGCAUUUCUCGACGAGUUUCACCGCGACCCUGCGGAGUUUCGCCCUUCUGAAAACUUGCGCGAGACACGCUGGCCUAAAAGCUGGCCUUGUUAAUCUCAAAAUUCCGUGCAGUAUAGUCUUGCGAUCUUCAGUAUGUGCUCGACAAAGCGAAGACCUUGAAGAGCGCCAAUAUUCCGAGUAACCUCACGAACGAGAAGGUAGUGCAGACACCACAGUUCCACCAGGGUGAAAAUUCUGCGAGACGCCGCCCGAUGCACCGUCAAAACUGCUCUAAGGGACAUUGAUGGCAGUUAAGUUACGGCACUGUUGGACCGGACGUCGUGGAGGUUGAUCCUCAACAAGUAGAGGAUCGAGAGAUCUAUGAAUAGUCAUCAAGGAGCAUGAAUGAUCGUGACUCGUCGGCGACUGCAUCGGCGCGAAACUCUUCCCGAUAGCGGCGUCGAUCGCAGACGUCGGCGACUGACGUCAUCAUCAUUCACUUUAUCGUCGACAACGAGCACACAUCGAAAUCAUGGAGAAGCAAGAAUUUGUGGCGAAUCUACAUUAUUUACCGAUCGCCAUCUUCGUCUCUCUGCCUACAGUCCUCAUUAUUACGUACGUAAUGGCGGUCUUACUAGGACACGUGGAAGCUGGUUUUCCCUACAUCUCCACAGCAGCAACUACCGCGCCAGAGAGCUGCAUUUUCUCUCAAGCCGUCAAUGUGAUCGCUGUGCUCAUGGGCUUUAUGAUCUACAUACGAUAUGCCCAAGUUAAAGAGUGUACCAGCGUCUUUCGCUCGUCGGCCUCAUUACCCAAAUGGAAUCAUUGGGCCUUAAUCUUCGGUCUAUUAUCGACUGUUGGUUUUUCGAUCGUCGCAAACUUUCAAGAAACCUCGUUGAUCGUCGUUCACCUUAUCGGCGCGUUCCUCUGUUUUGGAGGUGGCACUGUGUAUUUUUGGACCCAGGCCGUAUGUUCAUUUUAUUUGCACCCAUUAGGAUACUCAUUACGACUUGCACACAUUCGUACGGCAUUGUCGACCUUCACUACAGUCUGCUUCUUUGUAAUCGUCAUCACAGGCGUGCUGGCUCGCCUGGCCUAUAAGGGAACAAACUCCCGGAAAUGGCAAAAGGAGGACGGCGGCUGGGAGUUGCAUAUAACUAGCACAAUAACCGAAUGGCUUUGCGCGAUGACGUUUUGCUUUUAUAUCCUGACGUUCACGGAGGAGUUCAGGGACAUCCGGAUAAGUCAUCCAAAGCUCAUAGGCAGAGGCGCCGGUGGCUACGUCAAUCUCCUCUCACACUCGCCGGUCGACACACCUUGCCCCGGCUACCGAUACCGCGAGUCCAGGGACAAUCUGCUGGACGAGGCAGCGCCGUUGGUGGCGACGACGCCGCCGGCGCUGCGUGAUGCCGAGAGAAGUCCCGAUGUCCUCUGCCCGGUGCAAGUGCACGUGCACGACUCCACGGCACGUGAACGACGAUGUCCCAGAGGUCAUCGCGCUAAGAAGAAACGUCAAAGAGCCGUCGAUAACCAGGCCACGAAGUGGAUAGACCUGGACGAAAAUGUUCCGCACGGUUACAUUCUGAUAGACGACAAGAAUCUCGGGCCCGGAGUUCUCGAGAUCGAUAGCGAGGAAGUGCCGUUUCCUGAACACGCUGUCGAGUACGACGAUGAGAACGAUGACGACGACGACGAUGAGGACGAUAACCACGGCGACGACGACGAUAACGACAGCCGUGAUGAGAACGUUGGCAGCCACGGUAGAUGCGAAUGGUCGAUGUACAAACAGUUAAAGAAGAACGUCGCAAAACGAUAUCGUUGUGACCUCGAUCUCGGCGCGACAUAUCCUCUCGCAAAUAGCCAUGGUAACGCCUAUCAGGAUUCGAGCAGUCACAGCAAGUACACGGAACUGUACUCGGAAUUUCGCGCCAAGAACAACCCCGACGCAAGUAAUCACGACUUCGACGUGACUUUUUCGUACUCGGUGGCCAAUAGCCACAGCGAACACGGUGACCCUACGACGGACGUUAGGGAUCGAGCUUAUAGAGAGAGCUCGGAAAGCGACAAUCUGGUCUGGGACACCGGAACGGGUGCGAAUUACGAGAUAGCCAAUAGCCACAGUAAUUAUCGCGUGUUCUACGACAGUCAGACGCAGCAUUAUGCAUCAGGUAUGUUGCCUCCAUGGUCCUCGGAGCUAUGGCCGGAGAAUCGCCGUGAGGAGGAUCGCGUUACGUCGGACGACUCCAAGGACAAUAAUGCGAUAAAGCAAGAUUGCGAUGAACACAAAGCUACUGCGGACCAAUCCGAAAAAAAAAUCGGGAACGAGCAAGAUUCGAAUGCCUGCGACAUCGAGCAAUGUUUGGUGCAAAUCGAGGAGAGCCUUCUCAACAUUGAGCAGAAUCUCCUUCACGUUCAAGAUCUAGAUAUACCGGAGUUGAGAAACCUGCUCUACAAAAGUCCGAGUAUCGAGCGGAGUCUCUUCGAGGUGCAGGAUCUCCUCUACGCUGACGGUAUCGUGCCGGUUAUCUCCAGGAAAUCCAUGUCUCUCGACUCCGAUGAAGAGGAAGAGGAAGAGGAGGACGAAGAGGAAGAGGAAGAAGAAGAGGUAUGGGUAGGUCAGAACUUAACGAUCAAGGAUAACGACAAUGAGGACGGAGAUGCUAGCGCGCCUCUGCUAAACAGCUCCAAUGAGGAAUCCUCCGACACGGUGAACGUAGACGAACAGAAUCCUUCGAAAUCGACCGACGACCAUUAUGUCGACGGAUCUAAUGUCGUAGGAGAAGAAGAAAAAAACUUGAGUCUACAAACGUGCGCGGAGAAGACGAUGAAUUUCGUGCCCAACAGUCUUAACAAGACCAUGCCGAGAAGAAUCGUCCUGGACGAAGUCAAGGAGAAUAUCCGACUCUGCUCGUCCGAGUCCGAGGAGCCUACGAUUACGAUCGAUUACAAUCUGAACAGCGCGUGCGCUGAGAAGAAGUCUUUCUGCCGCGACAAAUGGCACAGCAGGACGAAUUCGUUGGAUGAGAACUCGAUCUUUCAGAACUCAGAGCUCGGCGACAAGCAAGAGAACAGUAAAUCCUCGUUGCAGGAUAUCUUCCUAGAGUCAACGAGCAGUCGUUUGGUAACAAACGCGAAAGCGCGAUCGGAGGGCACGUUGCAGACCAACCAGGAUAAGUCAUUGCGGCGCGAUCGAGGAGGAUCCCAGGAGGAACUCUUGCAGGCCGUCGAAGCAACGGCGGAGGACUUCCGAAAGAAGCUCGAGAGCUUCGCGUCGCAGCGACGAUCCAUGCUGGAUCGCCAGAAGAAGACAAACCCCAAGUCUAUUAAGGAGCUUUCGGACAACACGUCGCGAUCGCGAGAGAAAUCGCCGGUGAGACAAGCGAAACGCGCGACGACUACGACGACAAGCAAGACACAAGAAAAGGACAACGGUGCUGGUAAAAGCACCGGCUGCGACAAGCGGAAGAAGAAGAAAACAUCGGCGAAAAGUACAUCGGACAAUGCUCUGAUACCUAGCAAACUGAUCUCACUCUCGUUGUCCUUGCUUCUCGCGGCUCUCUUACAGGCGGUCAGAUGCUUGACGGAUCUCGUGGAGGACGCCUUCAGGUCGGUCAGUUACGACAGAAACGGAUUGCUGCAGUAAAACCGCAGUGAACUUCUUCUAAGGAAAGUAUUCAGACAAUGGCGCGACAGGCACUUAGCAAAUGUCAUCGACCGAUACGUAAUAAAUAUGUAAGAGCGAUCGACCGCGUCAGGGUAACCGCGAUAGGCCUCAACCAGUCCGUAAUCGUCCGAAGCCGCACCCGGUAUCUGUGAUAACGUUAUGCUUAGGGUUCCUCGAUGGUAUCGCGUUGCUCGCUGCUUCCAAGCACCAAGAUCGAACAAUUCCCGGGUUUAUAUUGUCAACGUGUAAACCGAGACCGGUCGGUACACACAAUUCGUCGAAAGGACGUGCUGUGAAACGUGAUUACGGUCGGCUCGACGGGCAAAGUAAUCAUGUCGACCCAAUCGCGCUCCAAGACGAUCUUCCGAGAAGUGAAAUCUGUACGACGCUUUGUGCGAAUGUACGUAUUAUCUCCGAAAAGCGGACACAACGAAACGAGAUGCGAUAGUGCGAGAUAAAUCCUCUUAUCGAUGGUGCUGUAUACGGGCUAAGCGUGAACGAUAUUUAGUAUUACGUUCAAAAGUGCCUAAACCCAUCGCGUAUCACAUACGAGGUGUAGUACACGAUACACUAUUGAUAACGCUAUUUAUGUCUACCUAUAUAAACCCCUUUUUCUAAGGUGUAAGGUCAUUGAAAGGAAAUAAAGCGAAGCGAGACGAGAAGACACGACGCUUGAAAUGCGAAAA